CGCCGAUCAUUCAGAGAUGCUUGGCAGCAAAAUUUCCCGCCCGGCCCCCAUUGGACGAGGCUGAGACAGGCACCACCACCGCCGUCAGCCGCGUGAACGACCGCCGACUUCCCCAAGGUCCCACGGCAGGCACCUAGCUGCCACACAACCAACUGGGGCCGUCAAUCGACCACCGCCAGCAUGUCGAAGACCACCAUCGCCGUGAUCGCGGCCGUGAGCGCCGGCGCCGGCGCGGCUGCCACCGCCGCCGUGCUGUCGUUGCGCCCCGACAGGAAACCCGAGAGCAUAGCGACGACCACGACAACGACAACGACCACCGCCGUCGCCGCCGCCACGCCCCCCUCGCCUCCCGUACCCGUUCCGGCCUCUCAAGUCUUCAGCACGAAGCAGGCCGCCCCAGUUCCCGCCCCAGCCCCACCAGUCCCCGCGACCCCCUCCGCCGGCUCGAGCGCCGCCGCGCCCGUCAACCCGGCCGGCAUCUUCGAGUACGGCUUCCCGGGCCCCGUGUCCGACCUCGGGACGCGCCAGGCGUUCAUCUCGGCCUACGACCGCCGCACGCGCAACCCGCACUACGUGGUCGAGCACAUCACGCCGGCGUCGCUGGCCCUGCGCGACGGCGACCGCAAGAACAGCACCUUCCUCGAGGACCCGCUGAUCCCGGACAAGUUCCAGGCCAAGCUCAAGGACUACUUCCGCUCGGGCUACGACCGCGGCCACCAGGUGCCGGCGGCCGACUGCAAGUGGUCGCAGAGCGCCAUGGACGAGACCUUCUACCUGUCCAACAUGUGCCCCCAGGUCGGCGACGGCUUCAACCGCGACUACUGGGCCCACUUCGAGGACUUCUGCCGCCGCCUGACCACCCGCUACCCGAGCGUGCGCAUCGUCACCGGCCCGCUGUACCUGCCGCGCCGCGACCCGGCCGACGGCAAGUGGUACGUGCGCUACGAGGUGAUCGGCAGCCCGCCCAACGUGGCCGUGCCGACGCACUUCUACAAGGUCAUCUUCGCCGAGGAGUCUCCCUCGUCGUCGUCGUCGUCAUCACCCGGUUCUGGCCCCGUCGCGCUCGGCGCCUUCGUGCUGCCCAACGCGCCCAUCCCCAACGACAAGCCGCUCGCCGACUUCGAGGUCCCCCUCGAGGCCGUCGAGCGCGCCAGCGGCCUCGAGUUCGCCGCCAAGCUGCCCCCGCACCGCCGCAAGCGCCUGUGCGCCGAGACGAGCUGCUCCAUCGUUGUCAAGGAGUAUGCCGAGCGGCAGAAGGCGUUUGCGAAGAAGUAAGGGAGGUGAAGGACGGAGAGGGGAGGGGGGCUCCGGCGCCUGUUGGAGCUUGGACUGUGCUGCUGUGUAGCAAUAUGGGACCGUAUCUUGGUUG